AUGGACCUCGAAACGAGGGUCAAAGCCUAUCGCUUCGUCGCCUAUUCGGCUGUCACAUUUUCCGUCGUCGCUGUGCUAUCAGUAUGUGUUACCCUGCCUAUGGUUUACAAUUAUGUACACCAUGUGAAAAGGACGAUGCAUAAUGAGAUCAACUUCUGUAAGGGCUCAGCGAAGGAUAUCUGGACGGAAGUGCACAACUUGAAGAGCCUUCCUCUGCCUAACAAUCGUACAGCUCGUCAAGCCGGAUACGGAGAUGCCGCUGUGACCGGUGGAGCCCAACAAGUAGGAUCUUGCGAAGCUUGCUGCCUUCCAGGACCUCCUGGUCCAGCAGGUACACCCGGAAAGCCUGGUCGACCUGGCAAACCAGGUGCUCCAGGUUUACCCGGAAAUCCUGGCCGACCGCCACAGCAGCCAUGCGAGCCAAUUACUCCUCCUCCAUGUAAACCUUGUCCUCAAGGACCACCCGGACCACCCGGUCCUCCUGGUUUACCAGGAGAUGCUGGACCACCAGGACAACCCGGACUUCCUGGUCAAGAUGCGCCGCCAGGAGAACCUGGACCCAAGGGACCGCCAGGUCCCAGUGGAAAUCCUGGACCUCCUGGAGCACCUGGAGAGCCCGGAAUUCCUGCCCAAUCAGAACCUCUCGUUCCCGGAGAGCCUGGCCCACCAGGAGAGCCAGGACCACAAGGUCCUCCCGGCCCUCCUGGACAACCUGGAAGCGACGGAGCACCUGGCCAACCAGGACCCAAAGGACCUAACGGUCCCGAUGGACAGCCAGGAGCAGACGGAAAUCCAGGAGCACCAGGACCUGCUGGACCUCCAGGUCAGCCAGGUGAACGCGGUAUCUGUCCGAAGUACUGUGCGAUUGACGGAGGAGUUUUCUUUGAGGAUGGAACUCGGCGUUGA